UUUCUCGUCUCUCUCUCUUUCUCUCUUUCUCCAUUCAUGCUCCCACACAUGGUCUUCAAAAACGGCUCACGUGCCUCAUGUCCGUCCGAUCCCGCUCCCACGGUCAAGAUCUCCCUCCUUCGCAACCCACCCCUCCCGCUUCCCCUCGUCAAAAAGCCCGUGAGCUCUCCUCCCUCUACCUUCUCCCGAGAGAGUGAGAGCGAGAACGAGAGAGAGAGAGAGAGGCGAAGAGGGUUUCCAUGGGGCGAUACGAUUCGCCUCGCGUUCUCUUACCUCUCCUUCUACUCGUCGUCGUCGUCUCCUCCGGUGUGCUCGUCGUAGGAGGAGGAGCGGCGGAGGGAUCGGCGGCGAGAGGCGGCGGAGGCGGCGGAGCAGAGAACUACUACUCGAAGCUCUCGGGGAUCAUCAUACCGGGGUUCGCGUCGACGCAGCUGAGGGCGUGGUCUGUGCUCGAUUGCCCUUACUCCCCCUUCGACUUCAACCCCCUCGACUCCGUUUGGCUCGACACGACCAAGCUCUUUUCUGCUGUAAACUGUUGGCUUAAGUGCAUGAUGCUGGACCCUUAUAAUCAAACAGACCAUCCUGACUGCAAAUCGAGGCCUGAGGUCGGUCUUUCUGCGAUCACAGAACUAGAUCCUGGUUAUAUAACGGGUCCUCUUUCUUCGGUGUGGAAAGAAUGGCUUAAAUGGUGUGUCGAGUUUGGUAUUGAAGCUAAUGCAAUUAUUGCUGUUCCAUAUGAUUGGAGAUUGUCUGGAUCUAUGCUUGAGGAGCGAGACCUUUACUUUCACAGACUGAAAUUAACUUUUGAAAUAGCUCUGAAACUUCGUGGGGGUCCCUCUUUGGUAUUUGCUCACUCUAUGGGGAACAAUGUUUUUCGCUACUUCUUAGAAUGGCUGAAGCUUGAAAUCGCUCCGAAGUACUAUACUCAAUGGCUCGAUGAUCAUAUUCUUGCUUAUUUUGCUGUAGGUGCUCCUCUUCUCGGUGCCACUGACUCCGUCAGAGCCACUCUUUCUGGAGUUACAUUUGGUCUUCCAGUUGGUGAGGGAACAUCACGAUUAAUGUAUAAUUCGUUUGGCUCUUCUUUAUGGCUGAUGCCAUUCUCAAAGUACUGCAAAGCAGACAAUAUAUACUCGAGACAUUUUUUUGAGGGAAGGGGAGGUCAACAGCACACUCUACAUUGUGAUGAGAUGGAAUUUCGUUCAAACUACUCUGGCUGGCCCACCGACAUAAUCAAUAUUGAGGUUCCUACCCAUCAAGGGAUUGAUGCAUAUCCGACAAUCACUGAAGUAGCUGAAAACUUGACUGCUAGCAUGGAAUGCGGAAAACCUACCUUGUUGUCUUUUUCUGCUAGAGAAGUUUCAGAUGGCACUUUCUUCAAAGCAAUAGAGGAAUAUGACCCAGAUAGCAAAAGGCUUACCUAUCAGCUCGAGAAGUAUUACCAGGGCGAUCCAGUGCUAAAUCCUCUUACGCCAUGGGAUAGACCACCACUAAAGAACAUAUUCUGUAUAUAUGGGAUUGAUUCGAAGACUGAGGUAGGAUACUAUUUUGCACCUAGUGGCAAACCAUAUCCUGACAACUGGAUCAUAACUGAUGUGAUUUAUGAAUAUGAAGGAACUUUACUUUCGAGAUCAGGGAAUUCUGUUGCUGGAAACCCUGGUGCUUCAAGUGGGGAUGGAACAGUAUCCUAUAAUUCGCUUUCAUGGUGCAAGACUUGGCUCGGACCUAAAGUAAAUAUAACGAGAGCCCCACAGGCUGAGCAUGAUGGAUCUGACGUGCAAAUAAGCCUGAACGUAGAACACCAUAGGGACAUAGAUAUAAUUCCAAACAUGACGAGAACUCCCCGUGUAAAGUACAUUACCUACUAUGAAGACUCUGAAAGUAUUCCAGGAGGGAGAACUGCAGUAUGGGAGCUUGAUAAAGGACACCACAGGAAUAUCGUAAGGUACCCUGUUCUGAUGCGUGAGCUGUGGCUUCAAAUGUGGCAUGAUAUACAUCCUGAUACUAAAACCAAGUUCGUGACUAAAGCCAGACGCGGUCCGUUGAGAAAUGUGGAUUGCCAUUGGGAUUAUGGGAAAGCUCGCUGUGCCUGGCCCGACCAUUGUGAAUACAGGUAUGCAUUUGGCGAUGUUCACCUUGGUCAGAGUUGCAGACUUAAGAACUCAUCGAUAGACCUCCUCUCAGAGUACUUGAAACUUGAUUAGCUUUGAUGAGUGUCUCCAUCCGAUUAACUGGAGAAAAUGCAGGGGUGAUGCGGAAAGAGCUGUUGAUUAGGGAUUGACCUUGUGAGCGGGGAAAUUUCAUCACUGUUCACUGAAAAUUUUGAUUGCUUUGAUAAUCAUUCAUUGAGGCUGAGCAUUUAGUUUCACAGCAAAUACAAAUUUAAGCCAAAUGUAGCGUGAUUUAGUCAUAGCAUUUCAAAAUGUAGAUAUAUAAUGCCACAGUGGCACUCCCUAGCACACAAGGCAUUUUGCAUGGGUAUAGUUACUAACACGUUUUUCUCCUUUGACGACGACCUUAGAUAAUAUACGCUAUCAUAUUCCCUCAAAAGUUAAGCGUAUCUAUGCAAAUAAAAAAUUGUGCCAGAGGCUUGUCAUGCAUGCAACUUAAUUUACCGUCCGUGUUUGUUGAAAUCCGAGAGUGAGAUGUUCAAACUU